ACUCGACACCGCGUAUAUGUACGGUUGCGAGUGCUCGUGUUAUCAAUAAGAAAGCACGAAGAAAGCAGGAGAGGAGGGUAGAAUAUGGAUGGCAACACCUUCGCUACGGCCAUUAAUUUUUACUGCUUUUGGGUUUUCAAUUUUCCUCCAAGAAGGAGACACGACGAGGACGACGACGAGGACGCGGAUGCCAUUUAACGCUGCAUAGAAAAUCAAACGCAAAAGGUCAAAGACAAAGACAAGAAGUGGAUGUAGUGGCAUGGUAGUGGCGGUGGUGAAGGGGAAAGCACCUUGUGAUAUAUGCCAAGCCCUCUGUCUCUCUCUGUCUGACUGUCGCAGCAACCACGGGUCUUGGGCCUCCCCAUCCACUCAACCGCCAAAUGGACAGGACCAGUAACCCUUUAUCGAGUCAGAGCAGGAGCUGGAGCUGGAGCUAAAGCAGGAGCUGGAGCUGGAGCAGGAGCUGGCAAGUGUUGAUUUAGGGUUGCAAACAGAAAUUAUGAUAAUGCCUGUGAAAACAACAGAACUCCGAGUGGAUGGGACACCAAGAGAUAUAUAGACAGAGGAGACAAGAGGAGGGGAAAACCCCAAAAGCAAAGGAAAAUAUAUUAAAUGUUAUUGAGAGGAACUAAUUUUCAUUAAAAGGAUUAAAAAGCAUUUGGCAAAAUAGAAGAAGGAGGCUGGUAGCUGAUGCUUGAGGAUGGUCCAGGGUAGAAUGCCCUGCGCGUGUAAGUGUGGUUAUCCAGCUUUCGCAGAUUACCAACGCAGCCCAAUCAAACGAAAUUAGUAAAAAUCCGGUGAAAAUUUGUUUGUUACGCACACCCCAGCAUUGUAAUGACGCCGCCACGCUCGGAGAGUCCAGUGCGUCGAUCUGCAAACAAGCGCAAGAGUUCAAUUCUCGAGUCCAUUGAGGAGAACGAGACGGUACGCUCUUCCUUGGAUCUGUACAACUGCAAUAAGCUGAGCACAGCCAAUGCCUGGGAUAUAUCGUUGAUUGAUACACUGGCCAAUCUAAUGGAUAACCAUCACAAAAAGCUACGCAGCUUCAACAUGGCUGGCUCUUUGCUGCAGGUCUCGGGCAAGGUCUACAGCCUGCGUGUAGACUCCAUCAACAUCGAUGCACGUCGUAUAUCGGCGGGUUUGAAUGCUCGCACCUUGACGGGCUUACCUGACGGACCUCCAGUUGAUGGCGAAGGCGGCGAUGGAGCUCCUAGUCAACAGCAGCAGGCGGCACCUAAGCGCAAGCGCCAGAAAAGGAAGUUAUCAACGUUGGCAAAGAACAAGGAAAUGUUGAAUGCGCCUUUGGAUAUGGUGCCCAUGCAGGACCCUAUAUUUGCAAAGCUCAAUUCGACGGUGGGCUCCCUCGAUGCAGCCCAUCGAAUGAUGCACAACAUUCUGCCCAGCGUGGACUCUGAGAUGCGGCUACGCCCGACUUCCAAAAUGUUUGAUGACACCGAGGAGACGGAUGAGCUCAUGGACAGCGAAACGCUGAGUGCUGGCGCCAAGGAGUGGACCGCUGAAGAGUUGUGCAAUGCGGAUUGGCUGCCCGAACUGUACAACCGUAUGGAUGAUCUAAAACUGCGGCCACUCCACACGGGUUAUGUGAUAACCAAUCCCAAUGAACCCAAUCCCAAGCCACAGUCGGGAUCUAUUUCAGAGGUGGCCUUUGACAUGAAUGCCGAGUGUGAACCCAUGCCGGAUAUUGAAGCCGGUCCUCCCAUUAUCUUAGAUAAACACUCGAAUGAUUUGCAGGAGCUCACCGCUGAAGAGCAGACGGUCAUCACCAAUUGCCGCCGUUUAAAGAAAACCGCCGAAUUCAUUGACGAUCUGAGGCCAGUGGAUGGUGUCACUAGGCUGGAGUAUUCAUACAGACCCAUGGAUCAGAUCUCACAGCUUUGUGAAGCUCCUGCGCAUUGGAAAUUCAGGAUCCCUCGUCCGCGCACCACUCUGGCCCAGACAAUUGGCCCAAAGGAUGCUGUGACUGUUGGCAAACCAAAGAAAACCAAAACCGCUGCCGCUGCCGCUGCCGCUGCCGCCAAGCUACGCAUGAAGGAGUUCCACUAUGGACAAUGCAAAGAGGAGCUCUUCCAGCCUCUUGAUGCCAACAUAAAGCAGCAAAAGGUCAACUAUCAAAAGAAAUGCGAAGCCCGAAAGCGGAUGCCCACGAAAUCCAACAAUGAAGCGGAUUACCAAGUUAGCCAGCAAUUUGGUGAUGCCGAUCUGGUUGAGAGUCUGGGCAAUGAUGUGGAUAUGGAUAGGGGCUUACACCACGGUGGUGCCGAUAGAGAGCUCUUUGACAAUGAAAAUUUCACCACAGAUGAUCCUGUCAUGAACCGAAUGUUGGCAGCGGGCAUUGAAGAUCCCAUGGACAUGAUGAAUAAGGAUUUAUGUGGGGAUAUUCCCAAUCAAAGCCAAAGCAUGCAUGAGGGUGAGGAUACAAUCAUGGAGAUAUCAACCGAAUUUAAGGGUGCACCAAGGCAGGUCAGCAAUGUGAUUGGGCCAUUUGCGAAGCGUGCCAAGGUGAUCGACAUGAAGAAUCUCAAGAACAGCUGCCAAUAUUUGAUCCAGAAACAAUUCAGUUCUGGCAAUGAGGCAUCGAUACCCUCCCUCCCAGUGCCAAAAGAAGAAAGCUACGCCAAGGGUACCGCAAGCUUCCAGGAGGUUUACCGAUCGUUGCCUGAUGUGCUGAGUGACGAAAGCAAAGAUUUUCUGUCCCCAUCGGUGGCCCUUAAUGCGGUUCUCCAUUUGGCCACCGAUAUGAAAAUGCGACUCAUUCCACAAGAGAAUCUAGAGGAUUUUAAAAUCCUGCAAGUUCGGGAUGACGAAGUUUAAUGACGAGCUUUUAGAAAAACUGAAUUCUGAUACAAUGCUAGAAGUAAUCAAUCUUCACACAAUUUUAAAUACAAAUUAAUGCAACAACACAUACAAAAAACUAAACGAAACGAAGCAGGGCUCUUUUCCAAUGUGUUCUCGGAUGAAUUUUUAGUUCUAUCUCUCAAGUCCCAUGAUUUGCAACAUAUAAACAAUAAAUUAAUAUUUUUGAGAGCA